CACCGUACAAGCCAGGUUUACCGUUCUCGUGAUACUUCUCAGAAAGCGAGAAAAAAGAAGCCGAAGCUGCAAUGCUAACGGUUGUUAGCCUUGUGGGCUGACUGUUUCUGAACCAGAUAGAUGGGGUCGAAAACACCUAACUGUUAACAAGAAGACUUUCCAGAGAGGCUGAAACUGGGAGCACUUCCUGCAGUCACAGUCGGUCAAGGUGGAUUUAAAGAUGUAGCCAGGAGUGGACUGGGUCAUCUCUGCAGUACCUCAUCAUCCCUUCCCAGGCACAGUCAUUGAAAUAUCAUCAUCACCCUCGCUCUGGAGCACUGUGACACCUAACCAGGGCUGCCCAGUGCGUGACUUGGCCUUUGUCAGUCAGUCCGUCCCUGGUUGAAGACCCUGCUGUCCUCAGCUAUGCUGUUCUCCCUGAGGGAACUGGUCCAGUGGCUGGGCUUUGCCACUUUUGAACUCUUCCUCCACCUGCUAGCUUUGCUGAUCUUCAGCAUGCUGGUUGCUCUGCGAGCCGACAAGUUCACCCAAAUGCUGAGCUGGUGGCUGGUGUUUGUCCCGCUGUUUGCUGCAGACGGCCUUAGUACCUACUUCACGGCCAUUGUGUCCAUUCGGCUUUACCAGGAGAAUGAGAAGCGUCUUGCUGUGCUGCGGCUCCUCUGGGUGCUGACGGUGCUCAGCCUGAAGCUGGUGUGCGAGGUGCUACUGUGCCAGAAGCUUGCAGAACAGGAGCAAGCCAAAGACCUUUGGUUUGGCCUCAUCGUCUCUCCGCUGUUCAUCCUGCUGCAGCUGCUGAUGAUACGAGCAUGCCGUGUCAACUGAGGAGAGGAAGUUAGUUGUUGUUUUUGCAUUUACAUCACAGACAACACGGAAACAGAGAGCAAUCUUCGUCUGCCAUUAGAGAUUUAAAGCAUAACGGUGGUGUACUUUUUCUUUUGGCUCAGUGCCAGCUUUGGCACAGCCAGCAAAUGUGAGCUUUUCAAGGCCAUGUUCCAGGUAUCAUCAUAAUCCAGUUUUCUUCAGUUUUGCUUCAAAAUUAACACAAAUUUUCACUGUUUACUUUAGUUAUAAUGCAGUAUUUCAAGAAAAGAAGUGGACAAUCUACUCUGUGUGUUGCUACAUUCUUAAAGACACCACAUGGCCAAAAGCAUUUUGAGGCCCUUGCUGUCCAUGUACAUUUGUAUACAUUCUGUCUCUGUUGUCUGGGGCUAUUUUACUCCUUGGUUCCCAUGAAUGGAAGUCUUACUGCUGCAGCAUACAGUGAUAUUUUUAACAGGAGUGUGCAUCUGACUUUAUGACAAUAUUUUGGAGAAUACCUUUUCCUGAUUUAAAAUGACUCCAUGCACCAAAACAGCUCUAUAAAGAAAUUGUUUUCCCAGUUUAGUGUUGAAGAACUUGACUGACCUGAAGAGAGUACUGACCUCAACCCCAUCAACACCUUUGGGAUGAGCCGGAACACCAACCGUGAGCCAGACAUUAUCAGCCAACAUCACUGGUGGAUCUCACUGGUGCUCUUGUGGCUGAAUGGAAGCAAAUUCCUGCAACAAGGUCCAACAAUCUGGUGGAAAGGCUGAAAUCAGAAGAGAGAAGGCUCUUAGUUCAUCCCCCAUGGCUUUGAUAGCAAUCAAAAUUCCAAGAAUUUCCCUCCAGGGAUUAAUAAAGGAAUAAAGGAAUUCUGAAUAACAGGGUGACCUCAUACUUUUGGUCCUGUAGUGUAAACAUACAUAAAGAAGACAGAAUAAAAGUGGAUUGUAAUUAGACAGUGAAUACAAAUUGAUUAAUUGUUCCGAUUUUCCUGAGCUCUCUUUUCGCCAGGAUGGGUUACGGCUGUUAGUUUUUGAUACAUUAGUAAGUCAGAGCAGUAAAUGUAUGUUUGGGACACGUGCCUUUUAUAUUGUGCAAUCAAUGGUAGAAAGUGAUCCACGAGGAAAAUCUAUACCACGGUUAUGUUUUAAUGCACACGUGCACGCAACACAGGUAAAUUUAAUAAACCGGUGAAACCAAAAUGCUGUAAUGUCCAAGGACAGCUGUCAUGGGUGACAGAGCUCAAGGAGUUGCUGCAGCUUUUUUGUUCUUUUCCCAGAGGAAGUCAUUGCUUUCCAGCACAAUUUGGUUAAGUUUAUUAUCUCGUGUCACACUUUGUUGCUUUGCUGUUUGCUGCCUGUUGCCCCUCGGUUGUCAUUUCCAUCAUAAAGUUCUGAGGAGCAAGAAGCUUGUUUUAAAAGUCGUCAACUCACUGUCACUCCACUGUAGAGGAGCUGAAUGUGAUUUCUACAAGCAGUCAGUUAUGUGUGCACAUCCACCCUGAAUAUUGUUGUUUAUUUGUAUAAUAUGUAAUGUAUUAAGUCUGUGUUUGAUCAUACCAUGCGUAUGUACUGCAUGUAUUUAAGGCCUCAUUUUAAGGUAAUUUCUGAUGUGAAAUUCUGUGUAAUGUGUAUAUGUUGAUUUUUGAAAAGAAAUUCACCAAAUCUUAUUUAUGUUCCUAUGUACUUGUUAUGGCACUCUUGUUGUCAUCUGUAUAUACAUGUAAAUAAACCAUAAAGAUCUUA